AUGCCGCUCCCAAUAACUGACGUGGAUUUCGCCUUCGGUGUCUGUCGUAUGGAUGAUCCGAAGCAUUUAGAAGUGCUUGAUCUCGAACAUUCAGAUCCCCCGGAGAUGCAAAGAUUAACAGGUAGCGGCAGCGAGAUAGAUUUUGCACUCGUCAUACAGGGCUUCAACAUAUGGUCCGAAGUUUCACGGUGGGUUUCUAAUGCCAGAAACCAGGCCGGGUCAACAUCCUUGACGGAGAGCCCUGAGACUAUUAAUUCUUUCUGGACUCGGAGCCUCCGGGCACUUGAAGAUUGGCGAGCGAUUCAACCUCCACAGUUCCACUAUUCACUUGCGGGCUCACACUUGCAGGCAUUCAUAUCUCGCAAACAGGGAGAAAGAUAUUGUUUGGUGAACUUGAUCUACUUCUUGACCACGAUCUUUUUGUAUCGGGAAUGUGUUCCUCUUUUGCAUCGCGACGCGCAGGAAACGGCCAGUUCUGAGACAGCGUUCUCACGUGAGGCUGUCUUUGUCAACUGGCCGAAGGACAGCGCUAAUCGCUUAUCCGAGAGUGCGUUAUCAACCAUUCGGAUGAUGGAUGAGCUCACCAGUCAAGGGCUCAAUUUGCACGUGCCCUUCACUUGUUACUGCGUGUUCAACGCUGUCACCAUUCUUUCGUACAUUAGAAGAUGGCCAGCGACGAAUCUCCAAAGCGAAAGCGCUUUGGAAUCCUUCAAUUGGGGCUUUGAGUGGCUGUCCAAAGCUAGCCAAAUAUGGGAGGUUGCAGCAGUGUGGAAGUCGACGUUGACGAAGCUUGAAUCGUCCUAUAAUUACCCCCACGCCGAAUCUCGGAAUUUCCCGCGGUCAGAGGCUGAGAUCGAGUCUCUGUCGGAUCUAGCUAUUCCAGCCGUCGGGCAGGAACUCAAUAGACGGUCAUGCCGGCCUGGGAUCGAUCAGAAUACGGAAUCCAGUUUCAGUAUUGCUGCACGACCCGAUACUGCGGUCUUGGAUGACAUAUCGAGAUGGGGUCCUUCCGCAUCAUACUCAGACCUACCAUGGCUAUCAAUUGAUGGCAUUCCUCUGGACUAUGAGUUGAUGGUGGAUGCGCUGGUCGAUUUCCCUCAUGGGCGAACGGCUUAUUAG